AUGAGAAGCUCCAGCUUAAUAUUACUUGUUACAAUAACUCUUUUACUGGGAACUACUGCUAUUUAUAAAAUAGCUUAAUCCUAAUAAGGCAACUUGAAUGACAAAGAAUGCAUGAAAUUUCAUAAGAAACAAACAAAAGUUGAAACUCAAUACUAUGGUGAAAAUACUUGUGAUUAACCUCUUAAGUUUUAUAUUACUGCUUAAUAUCCUAUUAUUAAAUAAACUGGCUGGUUUACAAUAGAAACAUCAUGCUUGAAGAAAGGAGAACAAUAUUAUUUGCAAGGAUUUUUGCCUGAAAAAUUAAUGAGUGAAGAUUAUGAGGAGUGUUGA